AUGUCCACAUCGUCAUCCAUCGCUGUUUCCGAGCUCACUGAACGUUUGACCGAUGUCAACCUGACGUACGAAGGAGACCCACAGCCGAGACGAAACAGACGUGUGCUACGGCUUAGAGGUGCCAAUCCAACACGUGACACUUCACGACAGACCGAAGACUUUCAACCAUUAGGAAACCAAAGUUCUGAUAAAGAUGAUUGCAAGAUCGCGGCAAGUGACAGAACCGAUGUACCAUGUCAAAUUGGUUCCUCACCUCCCGAUGACCCUUCGAGGGUCUUUCCUAAGGAAGACAAGGGAAAAGGAAGAUAUAUCAUCUUUCCACACGUACACACUGGUGCACAUACGGAGAAAUUAAACCUUGGCCAUUUGAGUAUAAUCACUUUGUUUUCGCCGGGUACUAGCAUCUUAUCAACUCCGUCGAUACAGCAAUCCCUCUAUUGA